AUGGUUCAGUGUAAAAAGUGCAAGUUAUUUGUUUCUUUAACAAAAGAUGAUGUUAUUAAGUGUAAAGGUUCAUGUGACUCUGUGUAUCACAAAAAAUGCUUAUCGAACAUAAAGGAGUUCCAAAGAACUCAGCUGUGUGAAUCAUGUCACAAAAGUGAAAUCAGCCCUAAAACGCAAGUACCUAAAAUUAAUGUAGAUAUCGAGAAAGCUAGUGCCGAAACGCUUCUAGCAGAGGUCAAUAAAAAACUGGAAAUAAUUUAUCAAACACAAAAGAAAAUUGAUGACCUAACAGAGGCCGUGGAUUUCUACGCUGAACAGUACCAAAUGAUGCUUAACUUUAAGGAAGCCGCGGAGAAGAAAAUGACUGCUUUGGAAAAUAGAAAUAAGUAUUUACAAAAGUGCAAUGACUCCUUAGAAGAGAGGAUAAUGUUUUUAGAACAAAGAAAAUUGUUGAAAUUGUUGCACAAAAAUUAA